AUGGCCCCCACACCGCCCCCUAGCCCGGAGCAAGGUCAAGGCCCUCCCCCUUCUGCGGGAGAAGGGACCAAUGCAACACUGUCCGAAGCCCCUCUUCCCUUCCCAUCCGAAUCGCGGGGAAGCGAUACCCCAACCACCAGGGCAGGAUCUACAAAGUCGUUACAUCGGCGGGAGAAACCGAGCGCUCUCACGAGGCUCAGAGGUGCACGACACAACCCGAAUCUCACCCUUGUCAAUUCGGGCAGCGUAGCGAGAGACCAUCUGGCCAAUGAGAGGACAGUAUUGGCCUAUGUACGGACGAGCUUAGCGCUUUCGUCAAUGGGCGUCGGUAUCCUGAAGCGACGCUAUUCUCGAUGCUUCGCUACUGAUGCAUUGGCAUCUGCAGCACUUGUGCAGUUGUUCACAUUGUCCAACUCAAGCGGCGAGUCUAAUAAGACGAUUCACAUAUAUGCUCGGCCUCUAGGCGCUGCCGGAGUGGCUUUGGGAUUAGUGACAUUGUUUAUCGGUGUGGUACGGUAUUUCACGGUCCAAAUCGCACUGACCGAAGGAAAGUAUCCUGUAGCACGUAUUACAGUGCUUUUUGUGGGGGCUGUUCUCACUGCGUUGAUAUGCGUCGUCUUUGGCAUUCUGGUGGCUGCCAGAAGCUGACCAGCCUCGGCUGGCAUACUUCAGUCUUACAUCAUACUACUCUGGCAAACAGCUUGGACGAUAUCCUG